AUGUCUCAGCAACUCGGCCCUGUUGACUCACGUCCAAACGAGGAGCCCGACGAAGAGCCCCUUACUAACGACUCGACCUUCAACGAAAGGAUCGAGGAAGAAGUCCGUCAAAUGGAUCUCCCGGCACCAGUCGAAACCACCGAGCGUCCUCAAACUGGCGAAGUGGAAGGCAAUACGACCGCCCCUCGAAGGUCCGAAGCGUCCAGCCAACCUGCGGACACGCCCAGUUCCGGUCGAAAUCGGGAUCUGGAAGAUCUGUACGCAAGGAUAGCCGACAUAAACUCUCAGGUCCAUCGGGUCUCCAGUUCGGCCCCUGAAAUCGACCGUAUGUUCGAAGAGACACAGCGAACUCCCUUCACGAGCCGCAUCACUCAAGCCCGAAUUCCGCAUAUCAAAUUGAGGCUGCCGACGUACGACGGGGAUAAGGAUCCACGUACCUUUAUGACGGCGUUCAUGGCCGCAGUCACAAAAGCACACUUUUCCGACGAGGAGAAGGAUACAGGGCAUUGCCAGUUAUUCGUCGAAAGUCUGACCGGCAAUGCACUCACCUGGUUUUCUCGGCUUAGCCCGAAUUCGAUCGAUAACUUCGCCCAGCUAUCGACCUCGUUCCUCCGGCAUUACCGACAUUUCAUACAACCUGGAGCAUCCAGCAUCGAUCUCUGGGACACAACUCAGAAAGUCGGCGAAACUCUGCAGCAGUACUUGGUACGAUUCAAGAAUUUGCUGGCCAAAGUAUCAGUCCCAGAGGAUGCCGCUUUGGCCGCAUUCCGCAAGGGGCUCGUUCCAGGAUCGUCCCUGCGAAAAGACUUGGCCAUCCGUGAUCCGAAAGAUCUCGACGACGCGCUACAUCGUGCGUCCAGAUACACACUUUUUGAAGAAGAAUAUGCCAAACUAGCAGCGAAGUCUGGGGCAAACCGUCCUACACCCCAAGACCGAAAACGUGAAAACUAUCGGGAAUCACGUAAGCACUAUGAGGGAAAGGACGCUUCGCGCGGCGAAAUUAGUGCGAUCUCAGAAGAAGCCAGUAACCAAAAAACGUCGUCCAAAGAAGCAUACUGCACUUUCCAUAAGUUCGCCGGACAUUCAACCGAAGAGUGCAAGCAUCUCUCUAACUAUCUCCUCGAUAAAUACAAGUCCGGCGAAAUAGAAGCGGUAUUCCAGCCCAAAGAAUACAGAGGACAACGACCUGACGGAAGGCGCGGGCGCGGUCGAGGCCGAGGCCAGGGGACACGACAAUACCGAGAUGACGGCCCCGAUCGGCGAGAUCGGUCUGAUAAGAGGCGAAGUCCCGAUCGGCGAGAUCGGUCUGAUGAGAGGCGAAGUCCCGAUCGGCAUAACGAUGAAGGGGGAGAACUGCCGGGACCACCGAAAAGACAGAGAGGGCAACGACCGCAGCGUGCUGGCUCACCGGCUCGCGGACGGAUAACCAUGAUACUGGGGACGCCUGAGGACUGCAACGACUCGGUCCGGGCACUCAAAAAGAGAGCCAGACAGGUGUGCAGCUUGCAUGUCGCACCGGAAGACUCAGUGGCAGCUGGCGAACUUAUCACAUUCUCUUCCGACGAUGCCAAGGGAAUACAACACCCCCAUAACGACUCUAUAGUCGUGGAAGUAACCAUGGGAAAUUACGAUGUGGAACGCGUUUUAAUCGAUACCGGCAGUACCGUCAACGUGCUAUUCUUAGGCACCCUAGCCAAGAUGGGGAUCUCAGAAUCCGAAAUAAAACCGAAAGCUCGAACGCUAACCGGUUACGACGGUACGACCCGUCUCGCGAUGGGGGACAUCAAAAUCGAAGUGAAGGUUGGAGUAGUGGCAAAAAAGCUCAAGUUAACGGUAGUUGACGCCCCACUGAUCUAUAAUGCGAUACUCGGCUCCACUUGGAUUUAUGCCAUGAGAGCCAUUCAUUAUGUUUAUCAUCUGUGCGUGAAGUUUCCUACGCCAACCGGAAUCUACAUCUUGUACGGCGACCAGAAAAUGUCGCGGAACUGCUGCAUCAUCGAAAAGAAACAGAGAAGGGACGACCUCGCAUAG